UAUUGUUGUAUACAUAGAUAAUUCAAGAUGCCGGUGCUAAGACAAGAAAUAUUGAAAACAAACCUCACUGUUCUAGACCCAUCAGAGUACAUAGCAGCAAACAAAACAGUUCCAACGUUUGUUGACCGAAGUGAUGAUGUUGCCUGGAUGUUGGCUUGUUCCCUUAUCCUGUUUACUAUGCAGACAGGGUUGGCCUUGAUGGAGUCUGGGAUGUGUUCUCUAAAGAAUGAAGUUCACUUACUCAUGAAAAAUACGGCAGCUUGCUGCUUUGGAGGUUUAACCUACUGGGCAAUAGGCUGGUCUUUAUCCAAUGGCCAGGGUGAAUAUUCAACUCCGUAUUAUGGUUGGGGAGAAGCGUUCUAUGAGCCUGAUUGGUUGGACAGUGCCAGCAGUGAACGAGCACUAUUUUUCUUUUACCAGGAGGGGUUAAGUGCUCUAUCCACUUCUAUUGUUUCUGGAGCUAUGGCUGAAAGAGUUAAUUUUCGAUCGUUUCUGGUGUUCUCAAUCUUCAACACUCUUGUCUAUGCCUUACCAGCAUACUGGAUGUGGGCACCUAAGGGAUUUCUGAAAGAACUUGGGGCAAAGGAUGACGCAGGAUGUGCGGUUGUUCAUCUCUGUGGGGGAUUUUCGAGUCUGGUUGCCACCCUUUACCUGGGACCAAGAACUGGACUAGCGUUCAGCAAUGAAACGGUCGUAAUGGGGAACCCUACUUUCUGCUGUGCUGGACUGUUUAUAACCUGGUGGGGAUAUCUCGCAAUGAACUCUGCAAGCACAAUGGGGGUAGAGGGAACGAGGUGGCUGCAGUCUGCGAAAGCAACAGUGCUCACCAUGCUUUCUUCAUUCGGUGGUGGAUCAGUUGCUUUGUUCAUGUGCUAUAUUUUCUAUGGUCAUGUAAUACCUGUUGGAAGAAUAGUAAAUCCUAUUAUGGGAUCUUUGGUUGCUUAUACGGGAAUCACUUUCCUCUGCACAUCCUUUGAAGCAAUCACAAUUGGGAGUGUGGCAGCUGCAUUGGUCUUCUUGGCAAUGCUGUUCCUGGAUGAUCAUCAUUCUAUUGAUGAUCCUUGCUGCACUUUCAUAGUGCACGGGCUAUGUGGAGUAUGGGGCAUGCUUGCUGUUGGAUUAUUUGCAGCAGAAGAUACCAUUAGUGAGGGUUUUUCCUUUAAUAAAUACAAUGGUGUUUUUCAUGGAGGUUUCUAUCUUAUUGGAGUACAGGCUUCAAAAGAAUCUGCUAUUUUCCUUGUUGCUAUUGCCCAAGAGGCAACUUCUGAGGCGCCGCAGGCUGAAAUAGCAGCUGGACGCUUCGACAAAGAUAUGCUUAGGGGCGGAGAGCAGCGGCUAAAACAGACUUGGGAAGUUUCCACUUGGGACAUGCCUUUGAGAAAGUUCCUUACAUUGUCUAAAGUGCUGUAA